CUUACCACUACGAUCACUUCAACGCUUUCUUGCUCAUCGAAUACUGUAACUCAGAUGUCAUCGAACAUAGUCACCUUCCCUGAUAUAUGCUCCACACGUGGAUCGUUCACGAUGCGAAGAAUUUCCAGUGAUGCACGCACGCCUCGCAUCUCAGAACUCCUCCGAUGCAACGAUGUUCCUUCGGAUAGCGAACUCUCCGAGUUCCGGGACAUAAUCCAGCAGGGACCUGGGCGUAUCGCGAAUCUUGAUCAGAAGAUCGCGCACACCAAAGAGCUCCUCGAGGCUCUUAUCAAUCAUCGUAAUGUUGUGGAGGCAAAUAUCGAGGAUGCCAAAGUACUCUCUUCUCCAGUACGAAGACUUCCCCCUGACGUUCUCCGCUCCAUCGCUCUUGAGACCAUCCCUUCCCCUUCAGAGAUCAUGUCGAUCAUAAUGACCAUUGUCGGCUCGCCGGAGCUAUGGUCGUCCGUAUUACUCAAGAUCACGUACCGUCCCAAUGCUCCCUUGUCAUCUUUUUGCCGUCCAUUGUUCUUGCUUGUACUCCACCUUGAAAGGUCACGGAAUGUUCCUCUCACCUUUCGGCUUCUCAAUACCACGCGAACCGCCGAACAUCCUUUUCUUUCCCUCAUUUCCGCCCGCGCCUCUUCUAUCAAAAACCUUUAUCUUCCAUCCAAUCCUGAUUGUUCACUCGAAGGCCUUGCCUGCUCUCGGGGAAGUUGGAACAGUCUCCAUCAUCUGAAAAUCGGAUUGGCCAGUGAUACACGUAUAGAGCGGAUAUUCGAUUCGUUUGAGUAUGCACCAAAUUUACGAGUGCUCGAAGCGAGCGCGAAGAAACCGGAGGAAAUUCUUCUGAUUCCCUGGGUCCAGCUUACCCAAUUAAGUCUUCGAGCCAGUAAUGCUCUGGACCUUGAAGUUCUUCGACGAGCGAAGAACAUCAAGAGUCUAGAAAUUAUCGGUGAGAGAGAUUUCAGGAUGUCAUUGUCGGAAGGAUACGAAGCCAUCUCUCUCCCCUUUCUCACUUCCUUGACGCUGUGGCUCGAGGCUGUGAGUAUGGAUUUCCUUUCAUUUUUUAUCCCCAGCCUCACCGAUCUCUUCCUUAUCUACGCUCUCAUGGUUGAAAAGCCCUUAUUUUCCCGGCUGAAUACACCGAAUGUGAUCACAACGCUUAAACUCACACGCAGCCAACUCGAUUUUGUGUCUACAGAGCCAUGCGCUUUUCCUGGACUGUCCUCAUUGUUGAACUCGGUCCCUCAUCUUCGCCAUUUGGUUAUUGCGUCAGGAAAAGCAUUAUCAUCAGAUGAUAUAUGCACCCUCAUCCCAUCACCAGCACAAACCCCUUUACCUCGCCUCAAAACACUUGACCUUCGCGGCUGUAAAUUCGAAUUUCAUCAUAGCGAGCUCGUUGAUAUGGUCAAUAUUCGCCGGCAAGAAAAUAACCCAGAUAUUGAUCGCCUAGAGACCAUAUACUUAAGUGCUCCUCUCUCACUUAAUGGACUCUAUCGUCGAUUGUGGAAGUCCUUACGUGACGGAGGACUGAAGGUCGUGUACGGGAAUUUAUGA